GACGUGUCUGCUGAGCAAGUUCACACGGUUCCCCUUUCACGGCGUAGCUGGGAAAAGCAAGGCAGCACUGGAACUGGUGCACAUGGACCUGGUAGGACCUUUUCCAGUCCGAGGAAGUAAGGGGGAAAGGUACUUCCUGACAAUAGUUGAUGACUGGAGUCGGCUGAUGUGGGCAUACCCGUUGAAGCAGAAGGAUCAUGCUGCCUCAACAAUACGAGAUGAUUGGCUGCCGUUCGUCGAGCGACAAUCUGGGCACCCAUGCAAGAGCAUCAGAACCGACCGAGGUGGAGAGUUUCUAGGAGGAGAUCUGACUGCGUGGCUCAAGAAACAAGGCCUUGAGCAUCAGCUAACGACGUCCUAUACCCCUCAGUCAAAUGGCGUUGCUGAGAGGGCUAAUAGGACCAUCCUGGAAACUGCGCGAGCGCUGCUGAUCGAAUCAGGGCUGGGGAACUCCAUGUGGCCUCAUGCGGUGAGGCAUGCUACAGUGGCAAGGAACCGCGUACUCACAAAGGUGGCUGAUGAUAUGUGGGUGCCGCUGGAGAGGUGGCUUGGAAAGAAGCCUCCAGUGGACAUGCUUCGAGUGUUCGGAUGCAUGGCAGUGGCGCAUGUCCCUAAACCAUACAGGACAAAGCUUGGAGCAUCUGCACUUUGGAAACAGAUUGGUGGGGGGACAAAGGAUUGGGUGAAGGUGAAAGAAUGGGUAAAUCCAACCAUCUACCCUGCACGUACCAGAAUGGCAACGAGAAAGCUGUUGAGCUCCACAAGUGGAGGAGCCACAACUGAGCAGCAGGAACAGGCUCAAGGCGAAGAUGCAGUGCUGUUCUUGGGUGAUGACCAAGACAGCAGUGACAAGGAGAUCGAUGGGGUGCAGCGGAAGCUCACAGAGCAGUUCAAGUGCAAGUCACUUGGAGAGGCAAGGUACUACCUGGGAAUGCAUAUUGAGCGGGAUACUGAACGUGGCUGGCUCAAACUGCAUCAGGGACAGUACAUCAACACCUUGGCUGAGAAGUACUCUCUGCAGGAAGAACGGGAAGUGGUCACACCUUUGCCUUCCGAGUUCAAACUCAUAAAGGCAGCUGAAGGAGAAGGAGUUGAGAGUGAAGACCAGAGGCAAUUCCAAUCCAUGGCCGGGAGCCUACUCUACGCUGCUCUUCAAUCAUAGUGACUCUGAGGACUGUCAACUUCUCCUAGGGCAGAUUACCCCCCAGUGCGCCAAACGCCAUAGCUCACUCGUUAAGCUACGGAAUCGAGUGAUUCAACUUUCAUUGGAAAGCUGACGUUGCCAGCUACAACAUAUCCGAUUUUCAGAUCGUUUCACCGAUUGGAGUUUUGGAUAUAGCUAUUCGAAGGUCGCAAGUUUUCUGGGCGUCAUAACGAAGUGCUGCAGAAAUUUCCAAGGAGCCAUUGAAUCAUCUGCUUAUAGCCUUCUCUAACCAACAGCUUGGAAAGAAGCCACUAGUGGACAUGCUUAGAGUGUUUGGAUGCAUGGCAGUGGCGCAUGUCCCUAAACCGUACAGGACAAAGCUUGGAGCAUCUGCACUGUGGUGUGUGCACCUUGGGCUUGCGGCAGAGAUCAAGGGGUGGCUUCUCUGGGAGCCCUCGAAAAAUGUGCUGUUUGACAGUCGGGAUGUCAAAUUUGUGGAGAACAUCAUGUACGGCAAGAAGGAGAAGCAGCCCGAGGCAAGGUUCACUCAGCAGCUGGAAGAAAUCACUAUGCAUUUCGAUUUGUCCGAACCUGAUGACAGCGAAGUCACUGCGCCAACGGCAAGCAGUAGCGAUGAAGGAAGCAAUGAGGAUAUUGCAGCUGAUGCUGAAAUCAAGGAUCCGGAGCAGCUGCAGCAAGAGGCUUCCAAAGCACCAAGUCUGCCAAAGCGAAGGAAACAGACUGGUUGGGGAACAAAGGAUUGGAUGAAGGUGAAAGAAUGGGUAAAUCCGACCAUCUACCCUGCACGUACCAGAAUGGCAACGAGAAAGCUGCUGAGCCCUUUAAUCCUUCCCUUCCUACCCCACUUUCCAAAACUGUGCUUCAAUGUUUUCCAUCAUGCCGUGAAACUUGUAACGUUCAAUGAUAGUGACUCUGAGGACUGUCAAUUUCUCCUAAGG